AUGCAUAGCCCAGAGAAACCGCCUGGUGAGGGCCGUCCCUCGCAGCAGGCUCCCAGUGACUCAGAGUACGCGGCGACUGAGCCCACUGCGAUUGCAACGCUGGCGGACGACGACGUCCUAUCAGACGCAGAGGCAGCCAGGCUGAUUCGGAAAAUCGACUGGCAUGUCCUGCCAAUGCUAUUUCUGAUUUACGUUGUGGCGUUUCUCGACCGGUCCAAUGUCUCCAACGCCCUCACCAUGAGCAUGCCCAGGGAGCUCGGGCUGACGGGCCAGCAGCCCAACAUCUCGCUGGCCGUCUUCUUCGUCCCCUACAUCGUCUUUGAGAUCCCCUCCAACCUGCUGAUGAAGCGGCUCUCGCCGCACGUGUGGCUCUCCCUCUGCGUGCUGGGCUUCGGCGUCACGGAGCUGUGCCAGGGCUUCAUCCAGGGCUACGGCGGCCUGCUGGCCACCCGCUUCUUCCUCGGCCUCUUCGAGGCGGGCAUCUUCCCGGGCAGCUUCUACCUCAUCAGCUUCUGGUACCGCCGGGACGAGUCGCAGAAGCGCUUCACCGUCUACUUUUGCUCCGUCAUCCUGGCCUCGGCCUUUGGGGGCCUGCUGGCCUCGGCCAUUGCCAACAUGGACGGCGUCCGGGGCAAGAGCAACUGGCGCUGGAUCUUUAUCCUCGAGGGCAUCCUGACGAUUCUGGUGGCCGCCGUGUCCUUCUUCUGCGUCAGCGACUUUCCCCACGAGGCCGCCUGGCUGUCCGAGAGGGAGAAGCAGGCCGUGCUGAGGAAGACGCGCGCGGGGGACGCCCGGCUCGAGGGCAAGAUUACCCGGCGAGAUUUAGCAAACUUCUUCACCGACCCCAAGAACUACCUGGGCGCCGUCAUGUAUUUCUCGGUCGUCGUGCCCGUCUACGCGUUUGCCUACUUCACGCCAACCAUUGUCAAGUCGCUCGGGUACGACGUGUUGCAGACGCAGCUCCGGUCUGUGCCUCCGUUCGCGGCCGCCUUCGGGCUCUGCCUCGUGCUGGCCUACCUGUCGGACCGGACAGACCUGCGGCUGCCCUACGUGCUCGUCUCGGGCGCCAUUCUCAUCACGGGCCUCGCCAUCCUGCUCACCGUGCACGCCAACUUCUCGCUGCAGUACGCGGGCAUCUGCCUCGUCUGUAUGGGUGCCCUGGGCGCCGGCCCGAGCGUCAUCUGCUGGUACCUCAUGAACCUGACGGGCCACAAGGAGCGAAGCAUCGGCUCUGCAUGGAUGAUUAGUUUCGGUAACACGGGCGGCAUCCUGGCCCCAUUCGCCUUCCUGCCGCACGACGCUCCAUCCUACCGUCUCGGCUACGCGCUGUGCAUGGCAAUCAGCGUCCUGGGCAUCGUCGCUGCCGCCUGCUACGCCCUGCUUGUCCUCCGGGAGAGGCGCAGGCUGGCCAGAGACGGCGGGACCAACAAGGCCCAUGUCCCGUCGCUGUGA